CUUCUCCAUCUUAACAGUGCAACUCAACAACAAAUAUCCAACAACAAUUUACACUGGACAAUUCAAGUCUGUUUGAGUUGUCCAACUGAGAAACUAAAAAUGUUAAAAAAAAUUAAAAAUAAAUAAAUAAACAUCAGAGUUAUACUCAUCCCUUCACCUACUUGUCUAUUUUGUCAGUAAUCUAUCGGCGUCUGUGUGUAUAUAUAUAUGUGUAUGUGUGUAUGUAUUGUUAGUAAUCAGUUGCCCUCUCUCUCAUUCUAUCUGCGUUCUUACUUGGAAGUUGGAACUGACUCUGAGACUGUUUUGAAUUUUGAUCAUCCCUUGCACACUUUCUCUGUCAAUCAGUUUUAUUUUUUUAUUUUUUGGGAGUAGAUGUCAGGGGCUCUAACUCGGCUUCAAUGGCUGGCUCUGGCGUUGACCGUGCACCUCGUAAUGGUCGCCGGUGAGUUCUUCGAGCCAUUCAACGUCACCUACGACCACAGAGCUCUGAUUAUCGAUGGAAACCGCCGAAUGCUCAUUUCUGCUGGAAUUCACUACCCUCGAGCCACUCCUCAGAUGUGGCCUGAUCUGAUUGCUAAGAGCAAGGAGGGUGGGGCAGAUGUCAUCCAAACUUAUGUAUUUUGGAGUGGACAUGAGCCAGUUAGAGAGCAGUAUAAUUUUGAAGGGAGAUAUGAUAUUGUGAAGUUUGUGAAACUAGUGGGUUCCAGUGGACUCUAUCUCCAUCUCCGAAUAGGUCCUUACGUAUGCGCUGAGUGGAAUUUCGGGGGCUUCCCUCUGUGGCUCCGUGAUGUACCGGGCAUAGAAUUUCGAACAGACAAUGCACCCUUCAAGGAGGAGAUGCAGCGGUUUGUUAAGAAGAUAGUGGAUCUGAUGCUAGAGGAAAUGCUCUUCUCUUGGCAAGGUGGUCCAAUUAUUAUGUUGCAGAUUGAAAACGAAUAUGGAAACAUGGAAAGUUCUUAUGGCCAGAGAGGGAAGGACUAUGUUAAGUGGGCUGCUACAAUGGCUAUUGGGCUUGGUGCUGGUGUUCCAUGGGUCAUGUGCAAGCAAGUGGAUGCCCCAGAAUUCGUCAUAGAUGCCUGCAAUGGAUACUAUUGUGAUGGAUUUAAGCCAAAUUCAUACAAGAAACCAGUACUUUGGACAGAAAAUUGGGAUGGAUGGUAUACAAUUUGGGGUGGAAGAUUGCCACAUAGACCUGUUGAAGAUCUUGCAUUUGCUGUCGCUCGGUUUUUUCAACGUGGAGGGAGCUUUCAGAACUAUUAUAUGUUUUUUGGUGGGACAAACUUUGGUCGGACUUCUGGGGGCCCAAACUAUAUCACAAGUUAUGAUUAUGAUGCUCCCCUUGAUGAAUAUGGAUUGUUGAGACAGCCUAAAUGGGGACACUUAAAGGAUUUGCAUGCUGCCAUAAAGCUCUGUGAACCUGCUCUUGUUGCUGUUGAUUCACCUCAGUAUAUAAAAUUGGGACCAAUGCAGGAGGCACACGUGUACAACAGUGAAGGCCAGACCUUAACUUGGUCUGGAAACAAUAGCAGGUGUUCAGCAUUUCUUGCAAAUAUCGAUGAGCAUAAAGCAGUCAGUGUGACAUUCCUUGGUCAAGCAUAUACUUUACCACCGUGGUCAGUGAGUAUAUUACCGGACUGCAGAAACGUGGCCUUCAAUACCGCCAAGGUUGGGGCACAAACUUCAAUUAAAACAGUAGCAUUUGAUUUGCCUCAGUCUACAAAUGUUUAUGUACCUCGACGACUUAUGAUUCAGAAUGAAGUUCCGCAUAUCUCAGAAGCUUGGAUGACUAUUAAAGAGCCAAUUGGUGCAUGGAAUGAAAAUAAUUUCACUGCCCAAGGCAUACUGGAGCACUUACAUGUGACAAAGGACCGUUCUGAUUAUCUGUGGUAUAUCACCAGAGUUUAUGUUUCUGAUGAUGACAUUUCAUAUUGGGAGGAAAGUGAAGUUACUCCGGUACUUACAAUUGAAAGCAUGCGUGAUUUGGUGCGCAUAUUUGUUAACGGCCAGCUCACAGGUAGUGCAGCUGGUCGCUGGGUCAAGGUAGUGCAGCCUGUUCAACUUGUGCAAGGAUACAAUGAUUUAGUGUUAUUAUCUCAGACAGUGGGCUUGCAGAAUUAUGGUGCCUUUUUCGAGAAAGAUGGCGCAGGAUUUAGGGGCCAAAUCAAUCUUACUGGGUUUAAAAAUGGUGAUAUGGACUUGUCAAAGUCAUUAUGGACCUAUCAGAUUGGGCUUAAGGGUGAGUUCCUGGAAAUAUAUGCCGUGGACGAACAUGAAAAGGCUGGAUGGACUGAUUUGACACCUGAUGCAAUUCCAUCCAUCUUUUCCUGGUACAAGACACACUUUGAUGCCCCUGAUGGGACAGAUCCAGUUGUUCUUAAUUUGGGAAGCAUGGGAAAAGGCCAGGCUUGGGUGAAUGGCCAUCACAUAGGAAGAUACUGGACUAAGGUUGCCCCAAAAAAUGGAUGUCAAAGGACUUGUGAUUAUCGUGGUCCUUACAAUUCAGGCAAGUGUGCAACAAAUUGUGGGCAGCCUACUCAGAUCUGGUACCAUGUUCCAAGGUCAUGGUUACAGACAUCAAACAAUUUACUUGUCAUGUUUGAGGAAACAGGAGGGAACCCGUUUGAGAUUUCAAUCAACACACGUUCUACCCGAACCAUUUGCGGUCGUGUGUCAGAGUCCCACUAUCCACCUCUUCGAAUGUGGUCGAAUCCAGAUUUUAUCAGCGGAAAAUUAUCAAUCAAUGAUACAACUCCAGAAAUGCAAUUGCAAUGUGAAGAUGGGCAUACAAUCUCUUCCAUAGAAUUUGCUAGCUAUGGAAAUCCGCAGGGUAGCUGCCAGAGGUUUUCUAGAGGCAACUGUCAUGCACCCAAAUCAAAAUCCGUGGUAGCUCAGGCUUGUCAGGGAAGAAACAGCUGUGUCAUUGGAAUUUCUAAUGCUGUGUUUGGAGGUGACCCAUGCCGAGGUGGUGUUAAAACUUUGGCUGUUGAGGCCCGAUGUAAACCAGCAUCAAGUAUUGGUUCCCUGGCAAUGGAGUGACGAGCAGCGGAUUCACAGUGAACAGAACUCACAACCUUGAAGCUGUUAACGUGACAUGACCCUCCUUCACUGGAUCCCAUGAAUAUGUUACUCCGGUUGACAUUGUACACGCAGUUUUUAUGUUGCAACUGUUUUAUGACUCCAGCUUUGGGGCUUGUACAGAUAUUGAAACUAAAAUAAUAUGCGACAUAUAUUCCUUA